AUGGGCGGCCUGGAGCGACGGUCCUUCGUUACGAGCCAAGACCGAGGCUACGCUCCCGAGACUCCCUGGCACAUCCAUGGCAGCGGCAUCUUGAGCUUGAUGCGCGCAAGGGGCGACCGCCAGCUGUACACAAAGGCUGGCCGACAGAUCUUCUGGACCAUGCACAACAUGAUUGUGAGCAGGCACGACAGGCAUGCCAACAUCCAUUACGCUAACAGGAACCAGCAAAUCCAGCACACCAUCACAAACACGCCGUGCCCACCCGAGUUCGACCACUGGCUCAACGUCAUAGAGCAGACCCUCCAGCCCGCCGAGGCUUUGUUUCUGCAUACUGGUCGGUACAUUUCUUCGGCAUGCUCUCUGCUGUCCAGGUUGAUCCCCAUCGUGCGGAACGUCGACUUGAAGCGGGCGUGCGCCGAGUAUGACCAACUCCUAUUCGAAUGCGACCUUGCAGAGCUUGUCAUGUCGGAAUGGAUGAGAACAUCCCCCGAAUACCAAGUCGACCCCGGUCCUGUCCACACCUACUUCUGGGACUCGUGGCGCAGCGCGCGCAUCAAACUGCACCACAUGAUCAUCCUCCUCGCCAACCUCGUCGAGCACGUACCAGAUUGUGCUUUCGAUUGUGGAGCGUUGCAGUCGCGAAGACGACUCAGCGCGGAGAUCAUUGCGGUCUCAGGCCGGGAUAUCGUCGACGGCAUCCCGCCAUCGCUGGGUGGCAAGUCGCCCGCCUCUGACCCGCGUUCGCCGGCGACCUACCUUGAGGCCGUCCGGCUGGUAUGGCCGCUGAGCCAUGUGUACGUCAUUCCGACAGCGCCGCGGCACCUACGGAUCGCCGCGAAGGCGGCAUUGCUGCGGAUUGGUAAGGAGAAUGGAAUCUUGUCAGCGUUGAGGCCGCGAGCGGGCGGUGCUCUUUUCCCGUCCGAGGCUCUGAAAGGGAUGCCGGUGGAUGACUUGGGCGACGGAGAUAGUUGA